AGCAGAACCAGCGUUCUUCCCAUGAAGCCCGCUCGCUUCCCACCGGCUGCAGGUCUCUGAUACGUGGAGGAGGAAGAGUACGAGGAAGAGAGCGCGGACUGCACCACCAAAAUAACCAGAGAUGCUAACCACAGGGAGGACCAGGAGGACGCGCGCGGGGAGGAUUUGGGCAUCUUCUUGGUUCGGAGUAACGUAGUUCAUUCAGCAUGAUGGCUGCGGAUGCUGCGGAUGCUGCGGAUGCUCUCUGCUGCAUCCUGUUUCCGCGCCGGCUCCCUCUGCUGUUCCUGGCCGUCAGCCUCUCCUCCCUCCCGGCCUGCAGAGCGCUGCUGCUCGGCGUCCGACCAGAAGACACGCAGAGCGGAGAGCUGUCCGUGCAGGACGGGAUACUGAAGGCGACCGAGGGGACCCGCUUCAUGUUGAGGGUUUACUUCUCCGCAUCCCCAGCAGCAUCCGAGCAUCCCAACAGCCUGAACAUCAGCGGCAGCCCCGACGGUGCACCUGCCGCUCCGUGGAUCGCAUUCAUCGAGGAGCCAGGUGGGGACAGAGAGGAUGGAGAGAGGCGGCUGCGGGCUGGAGCAGGGAACCCCUGCGAAGAGGAGAACGCCCGGAGCUCCGAUAUCGAGCUGCUGGGUUCUUUCAGGUCCACUUCAAGUUAUAACUCUGUGCUGGUAGAGCUGCUCGCCAAAGACCUGCGCAGGGAUGAAGUGAUCAAAUACUACUCCAUGUGUGCUUUUGAUGGAGUUAAAUGGGAGCAUUUCAGCACCAGAGACUUCUGGUUGGCAGUAGUGGAGAGACCCCCGGAGGCGGAUGUGUGGCUGCAGGCGGGGGUGUCAGUUCUCCUGCUGGGACUGUCUGCUCUCUGCAGCGGUCUGAACAUCAGCAUGCUGGCUCUGGACCCCGUGGAGCUGCGGGUCCUGCAGAACAGCGGCACGGAGAAGGAGCAGAAAUACGCACGGAAGAUAGAGUCAGUGCGUAAACACGGGAACUACAUCCUUUGCACCGUGGUGCUGGGCAACGUGCUCACGAAUACAUGCUUUGUGGUGUGGAUGUGCCAGAUUUUAGGAAUGACUCCCUUCUCCACUGCUUCGUGCACGUUGGGAAUCUUCUUUAUUGGCGAGAUUUUACCUCACUCUUUGGCGUCCAGACACAACCUCGCCAUCGCCUCCAAGACCCUUUGCGCGACCCGUUUGCUGAUGCUGGUGUUCUUCCCCAUCGCGUACCCAGUCUCCAAGAUUCUGGACAUCAUGUUGCACCAAGAGAUCAGCAACUUUUACACCAGGGAGAAGCUGGUGGCCAUGCUGCGGGUCACGGACCCCUACCACGACCUGGUCAAAGAGGAGCUCAACAUUAUCCAGGGAGCGCUGGAGCUGAGGACCAAGACCGUGGAGGACGUGCUGACUCCGCUGUCAGACUGCUACAUGCUGUCAUCCGACGCCGUGCUGGACUUCUGCACCAUGUCCGACGUCAUGCAGAGUGGCUUCACUCGCAUCCCGGUCUACGAGAACGAGAGGUCUAACAUUGUGGACAUCCUGUUCGUGAAGGACCUGGCCUUCGUGGAUCCAGACGACUGCACUCCUCUGAAGACAAUCACUCAAUUUUACAAGCAUCCCAUGCACUGUGUCUUCAACGACACCAAGCUGGAUGUGAUGCUGGAGGAAUUUAAAAGAGGUAAGUCCCACCUGGCUGUGGUACAGAGGGUGAACAGCGAAGGUGAGGGAGACCCUUUCUAUGAAGUUAUGGGCAUCGUCACCCUGGAGGACGUCAUCGAAGAGAUCAUCAAGUCUGAAAUUGUGGAUGAGACGGACUUGUUCACUGACAAUCGGACCAAGAGGCGGGUGUCCACUCAUGAAAGGAAGAAACAAGAUUUCUCCAUCUUCAAAUUGUCCGAAAACGAGAUGAGGGUGAAGAUCUCACCCCAGCUGCUGCUUGCAACACACCGCUUCUUGGCGACAGAAGUGGAGCCUUUCAGGUCGUGUCACCUGUCAGACAAGAUCCUGCUGCGUCUCAUCAAACAUCCCAGCGUUGUGCAGGAACCCAAGUUCAACCCCAAGAACAAGCACGCUCCUCAGCACUACCUCUAUCAGAGAAACAAACCUGUUGACUACUUCAUCCUGAUCCUGCAGGGACGGGUGGAGGUAGAGAUUGGGAAGGAGGCUCUGCGGUUUGAAAAUGGGGCAUUUUCCUACUAUGGCAUGCCAGCACUCAUCCCACCCCUGCAUACGGCUCGCAGGUACAGCUCGCGGGGCAGUGGCCUGAACCAAUCAGAUUCAUUGCUGAGUGGAGGCAGCAUGGGUCAGCUCACUCUGGGAGGAGGGGUCUAUUUACCAGACUACUCUGUCCGACAGCUCACAGACCUGCAGAUUAUCAAGAUCACCAGGAACCACUACCAGAACGCCCUCACAGCCACACGGAUGGACAGCUCGCCCCAGACACCGGACGCUGUGGAUGCUGAGCUGAAAGGCAGGCGUCCGGUCCCAGAGGCUCGCUCUAACAGCAUCGCCCUCCCACUCACGAGCAUGCACACUCGGCUGGGGCUGGCACGCCUUGCACACCUCCAUCCCCACAGUGGCCUUCGCAACACCUCCCAUCUUAAUCAGAGGAACCGCAUAGUUCGCAGUAAAUCUGAUGGGCAGAGGAGCCCAAAUGACACAGUGUUCCUUCGCAUGGAUGACAUUCCGUUUAUCCAAGAGGACCGGCCAGAAAGUCCUGCAGACAAUGAUGUGCCAACGGAGCCGUCCAUCUCUCCCUUCAUCAGCUCUCUGUCUCUGUCCAGCUCUGAUGAGAACAUCGGGAAGAAGAUCUUGCGUAGAUUGAGUAACAAGAGGAGGAAAAAGUCUCGGGAUGAAGAAAAGAGUUUGGAGGAGGGCUCAGAGCAACUCUCAGUGACGAGCUAGCACAGUGACACUAAGGAGCAGGAAUGAAGCAUCCGCCAUCUCUUUAUUCUUUCCUGGGUAUCGUCAUUACCUACCACUUCUUCAGACUCAUUUUACACUCAGACUCAACCCUCGCUGGAGACUGAGUCAUCCUGUCUACCGUAGCCAAUAAUACUCAGGACCCCACUGACUCACCUUCCUCCAUCUCUUUGUCUGCCUCUGGCGAUCAUGAAAAACUUGAUCUGACAAAUCUAAACAACAGAGUAUUGGAUUUAUCCAGCCUUACACUGUACUGCAUGUACCCUAGCCGGUUUAAUCACGUUUUGUAGCUCAUGGUGCAAACCUUGUUUGUCUGACCUUUUAUGGUAGUUGUAUUCCUAAUAUUAACACUUGAGCCAUAAUGUGCAACUGAAAUCCCUGUAUACGGAGCCAACAACGUCCUUAGACAGUAUCUGAGCCAGCUAUGACUUUUUACUUGAACAAACAUGGAAUACAACAGCGUUUCUUAGUGAAAUGUUACUAAUAAGCAGUUCCCACAUAAUGAAAAUGUUUGCACAGGGAACUCUCCUGAUGUUGCCAAAACGGCGCACUGCCAGCACAAAGAAGCACAUAUGGCUAAGAGUAAAAAGCUACCAACACAAGCACAGUUUUUAAACAACACUGAUUUAAAAAAAAAAAACAAAGAAGAAAGCCAUACAAUGCUCAAUUCUUACCUUGAAUGACCACUAAUUGUAUGAGGUGUGUGCACAGCGUUGUAAACAAGAAACAACAUAUUUUCUUGCAUGAAUUUUAUAUGGAAGUGUCAGGAAUACCAAAUAUAACUUGAAGACUACAAUGCAAGUCAUAUAUCACCACACAAGUUCAUGCAUUUACAAAUUCCAACUGAAAUGCAUGUUUCCUACAGCGAUCGUACAUGUUUUACAUUGUUUCCUACAAAGACACGCCCUUCUCUACAUAUGUAGCUGCACAGACAGUUCUAGUGUUUCUUUAAAACAUCUUCACCUCUUCACCUACUUCAACUGUGUUUUAAAAACUCAUUAGGCUGUUGCUUGAGUGCAUCCAAGCAUUACUCUAUUGCUGAAUUUCCUCGCCUCCAUAUAUCAUAUUUGUGAGUUUUACAUGUGCAGGUUAUCUUCAAAAGGGUCGGUCACUAAGCUGCAUACACCAACUAAAAUAAGCUAAAGGGUUUGGGGAUCUCUGGGUCUAUUCUUGAAGAAAUAGUUGCUGCUAAUAUGCAUGUUUGUUUCUGCUGCUUAUUCUGUAGAAUUAACCCCAAUAGAAAUGUGCAUGCUUACAUAAAAAGGAUGAUUCAUGUAGGAUGAUACAAAUCUGCACUGCAUUCACCCCAUGUAUAUGCAGUCUGCUGGGUGUUUUGUUUGAAAUGUCAAGCAGCCAUAGAGUUUAUGAGUCUCACACGGACGGCAGGCUCAAGUUUAAAAAUACAUGCCUCCAUAAAAGUAGAGACAAAAGACUGUGACUGCAGCUUUCUGCAGUUUGCUAACAAGGUUCAAAGGGAUGGAGGGUGUAGUAUGUUGUUCAACAAAGAAAAAAUUAAAGCUACUGCUUUGGAAAAAAAGUCAUAUAUAACUGCAAUAAAGAAGUGAUAUUUGAUUAUUUUGAACAUGUCUAUAGGGGACUAUGAUGGCAGGUGCGCUGCCUAAUGUAACAGAGAGGAAGAGAUUUGACAGAUGAAAGCUAUGACACACACUGACGUCAAGCCGCCGCCUCCCUCGCCGCAUACACAAUCACAUACAGGUGGUGCUUGGGUGCACGGCAAAGAUACAUCCAGUCAGAACAAAGGACAGUGCAAUGAUAAGCUAUUCAAAAAGAGAGCGAGAGAGGGAAAAAACAGCCAGCCAUGCACACAGAACAUCUGAGCAAAAGUCUUUUGGUCUGACAGCUGACAGAGAGGAUUUGUGUGAGGCAGAGACUCUAAAUAGAGAGCUUUCAGAUUAUUUGCAGUUGAUUUGAAUUGCUUUAUAUUUGUAAGGACUGGUUAACUGUUUAGGAUAAAGAAAAGCAUUUUAUGAUGUAACAUUUCUAUAAUUUCAUAUAUAUACAUAUAUAUUAACCAAAGAUGUGAAGUAACAUACCAUAUGAUCUACAGAAGGAUAAAUCAAUGAUUGAGAAAUUAACUGAACCAUUACUAUUGCCUUCUUUAUGUUGUUUCAAUAAUUUAUUGUUUCCAGAUAAAGUUAGUGACAAUAUCAUUUUCUCUCCAUGCUCAGAGGGCUGUAAAAAGUGCUGCAUAAACACAAACCCUUAUCCAUUUCAACGUAUUGGGAAACAAUGCAAGCAUUAUGUCUACAGGUCUUUAUUGAGUCAUUCAGUCAUUCUUACAGCUUUAAUUAAGUUGCUUAACAGUCUGUUUUAUUAGUGUGCAAUAAGGAAUAUGACCGCUGGCUGGUUGAUCAUUAGUAUGUUUGUACCAUGACAGUCUUGCAUAAGAGUGCGAUGGUGCUCGGAACAGUCAACAUUCACUGGAUGGUACCUGACAGAACCAGAAACAUCAAGGCAUCCAGCAGAGAGCAAAGAUUUCUCUGCUGUCUGCACACAGUGCCCCUCUGUGCUCACUCAGUACAAACUGGGAGGAAAAGACUCAAUUAAUUCGAAUGAAAAGUGAGGUAAUUAGUACAACUCAAGUCAGGCAGAUUGCAUUAUUAUUGAUAAAUAACAUAGUUCAAGAUAAAAACAUAUAUUCCUGAAAAAUAAGCAUUUACAUUUCAUCCAGCAAUAAUAGUGAUCCGUCAUGGAUCGGUCCCUGAAAAUUACAAAUUAAAUUAGUUUGGUCCUAUUAACGAUGUCCUAUUUUGAGAUGUUUUAACAGUAGUUGAUGCUGACUAAAUAAAACUGGAAACAUGUUAUCAACAUUUGGAACAAAGGACUCGUCACAGUACAUCUCACAUCUUUAGACAAUCGAGUCCACACAAAUGAGGUAACUGCAACACCGUCUCAGAGUUACUAUCCUUCUCCAAGGUCAUCAGCUAACAAUGCAAGACGUGGAAAAAAAUUGAGGAAAAAUACAAAGACCUGAUGAUAUAUAUGUGACCAACACAGAAAAACAAAAGAAAACAACAAUAUAUGAACAUGAAUACAUAACUAUGUGAUAUUCUCAAAAUUAUAUCUGGUGUAUAAGAAGGUGAAUAUUUAUAUUACCUUAGUCCAGCAUGUGUUUAUCCUAGCCUAGCUUAUUACGAUAAUUAAAACACAAGGGAAUGGGCAGCUGAGCUGUCUGUGCAUUUGUGUGAAAGACAAUUCAUAUUUGUGCAAUAAAAUCUGCUGGAAACAAACGGUGUCCCUGCAAUCAGGACGGGUAGCAGGGAGCGUGGAGAGCUCUACUGCACCUUGGUGACGGCCUCAUAGAUGGACUUGGCCACGUAGUCGAUGUUCUUGGUGGUCAGACCGCACAUGUUGAUGCGGCCACUGGCCAUUAGAUAGAUGUGCUUCUCCUUCACCAUGUACUCCACUUGUUUCGCUGCAGGAAAUACAGCAGAGCAAAGUUCUUUUAAUCGUUUAUAUGUGAUGAUGUUACACUACUUUACAAAGCCUGUAAACACCUGUGUGUCUCAGAGGGGACUAUGUUGGGUGAUACAAUAAACAAAUGUUUAAAAUGUUGGAAUUCUUCAAGUAUAACCUUCAACUUUUAUUUAUUUAUUUAUUUAUUUAUUUAAUGUUUCUUGAGUGUUUCACUAAACUUUCUGCAUAAUCAUAUAAGGAGCAUUGUGUG